AUGAAAUCUUCGGCAACAACCAUUCGUUUCGUCACGAUGAACUAUCCAACACUGUCGACUGACUUCCAACAAGCCGCCUGCCUAGGCCACUACGACAUCUCUAUGUGCCGUUUGCCUGCAGGAAACAGGCAUCAGAGACCAGCCGUCAUCAGCACUGGAGGCAUCACUAUCUUCUGCUGCGAUGUUGAUGAAAAGCAGAUAGAAGGCUGCGCGGUAGUUGCGAAGAGCGACAACAACAACCUGGUGGAUGAAUUUGCCUAA